UUCUGGUGGGUGGGUGAUCCUGGUGAGUUGUUCUGGUGGGUGGGUGAUCCUGGUGAGUUGUUCUGGUGAGUUGUCCUGGUGGGUUGGUGGGUGUGUAGCAGCAGUAGGAGAGUAACACUGGUGAAGGCAAGACGUGUGCUUCAACACUUGCAACAUUCACAGUAAUCCCAGACAACAUCGUGCAACAUUUCAUCAACCACAAUGAACACCAGAUCUGCUAGACAAGAACAUCCAGAACUAUGUCAUAGUGGUCCAGUAGCUGGGACAGGCAGGAGCAACUUGCUCUAAACCCGUAUUGCCCUUCCUGCCUGGAGUCUACCUGGAGGCAUUCCAGGGAUCAAUGCCCCUGUGGCCUGGUCCACGACCAGGCCUCCCGGUGUUGUGUAAUUGAUGGAUAUCUAGAUGAUGAAUGAAAAUAGAAAAGAUGUAAGCAGUAGUAGUGGUAGCACACCUACAACCAGCAUCCAACAAGGUGUCCAGGGUGGCAGCCAAGAUGUCCAGCAGGAUCUCUCUACAGUAGACAAGUUAUUGGCCAGCUACACUCACCAUGUAUCAUCACCACCAGAUGAAAUGUGCUCUAUUUGCUUAGACAGUCUACAACUUCCAUCAGAUUUUGAUGAGGAUAUGAAACUUAAAAAGGAUUCUCAGAACAAGUCUCAAUCACAGAAUAGGGAACUUGUGACAUUGUCAGGCAGAGAGCUCCAUAUGUUGUGGAAUGGAAAUAAGAAAACAAGGGAUUAUGCUGAUGUUUACAACACCUUGAGAAAAUAAUUUCACAUAAUCUGGCAAGAUAAAAUUCCAUGAAAUUGCAGUUGUCUUUUAACAUGGAGCAUGUUAAUAUAAUAGCUUCAUAAGUUGACCUU